AUGAGGAUGAAAGGGGUCCGCAAAAGGAGGACCGGCGAGAUGGAUGGAUGUAGUAAGAUGUUUCUAUUUUCUUUUUUUGCGCAAGAGGAAGGUGGUUCCUUUGCGAUAUUCUCUGCACUUCAUUCGCAUCUGUAUUUUCGCGAUGGUCGCGGCACGCGAGGAACAGGUGCACGCUGCGCAGAUCGCCCGCGGUUCUGCGGCGGCGAUCUUCAGGCACACGAGGGAACACGACGAACACCACGUGCUGCGUGGCCUGCGCCUUCUCCCAAAGUCUGUCUUUUCUCUAAAUUUUCGCACACUUUUUCGUGCUCAACAUCUUCGGCAGUUCACAUCGUCUCCAGCCCUGAAACCAACGCAUCGGCCUUCCCCGACGCUGCAGCACCCCGCCGAGUCUCUCUCCUACUCGCGCGCGAAGUUCGCUCGAACGCCUUCAACUACCCACCAACAAUUGACAGACUCCACAAGUUCGAUUGGCAGCGCAGCCGGGCUCCCGACGCCGUCCGAGAUUCCUCCGCCAAACAGAAGCCCUGGUGUUGUAAAUCUCUUCACGUAGAGCGCAGUAGUAUGCACACCGCUCGAGUCUACCUGACAAAGCCUUUUCGAUACACGAAAGCAGAAUACCGAUACCGACAGUCGGAAAGUCUAGACGUGCGUUUUGCAUGUGCAUUGCAUCCAACAAGUUUCUUUUCCUCUCCUCCCCCACUUGCCGGACCGGACAAUCGUGGCACGCAUCGUGAAUGGUGCAACGGCACGGGAUAUGUUGAGUUGUAG